CUCGAUUCGCCAGUAGCCGAGAUGCCCAAACACAAAGACGACCCACCCAAGGACAGGGACGUAGACUUUGACGAGCUGCUGCCCUACGUCGGCGAAUUUGGCACUUACCAAAAGAUCCUCUUCUGCCUCAUGAUACCCUUCGCGUUCUACGUCGCCUGGGUCUACUUCUCGCAAAUCUUCAUCACCCUCGUGCCGGAGGAGCACUGGUGCAAGGUGCCCGAGCUCAUGGAUAUGUCGGUCGACCGGAGGAUAGCGCUGUCCAUACCACCUGAGACCCACGGCAUGAUGGAAGGUAGGGCCAAGUGUCUCAUGUACGACGUAAAUUACACCGACGUCCGGGAGCGAGACCUCCAGGUCGCCGAUCCGGACUGGCCCACCAAGCCAUGCGACAACGGUUGGGAAUUCAAUUACACGGUCAUACCUUAUGCUACGGUCGCCACCGAGUUGGAGUGGGUCUGCGACAACGCGGCUCUACCCACCUUCGCCCAGAGCAUCUUUUUCGUCGGGGCGAUAUUCGGAGGUCUGAUCUUCGGAUGGGUGGCCGACCGCUAUGGCCGGAUCCCCGCCCUCAUUGGCACGAACCUCGUCGGCUUCCUGUCCGGCGUCGCCACCAUCUUCGCCGGCAACUUCUGGGAGUUCGCCGUCUGCCGAUUCUUCUUCGGCUUCGCCUUCGACAACUGCUUCACUAUGAUGUAUAUUCUCGUGCUGGAGUACGUGGGUCCGAAGUGGCGCACCUUCGUCGCCAACAUGUCGAUCGCCCUGUUCUUCACGUUCGCGGCCUGCCUUCUACCCUGGAUCGCUUACUACCUGGCCGACUGGCGUCUGACCUGCGUCGUCACCUCGGUGCCUCUCGUCCUCGCGGUCGCGACUCCCUGGUUCGUACCCGAGAGCGCGCGCUGGCUCGUCAGUCAGGGCCAGGUCGACAAGGCUGUGCUGAUAUUGCACAAGUUCGAGCGCAUCAACAAGACGAAGGUGCCCGAUCAGGUCUUCAAGGACUUUCGGGAUACAUGUGCUAGAAUUCAAAAGGAAGAAGAGGUGGAUAAAUCCUAUUCCGUAAUCGAUCUUUUUCGAAGUCCAAGAUUACGUAAAAUCACGAUACUUUUAGUUUUAAUUUGGAUGGCGAUAUCCCUCGUAUUCGACGGCCAUGUGCGUAACGUGGACAACCUGAGGCUCGACGUCUUCGUGACGUUUACCGUGGCCGCGGCUACGGAACUACCGGCCGACACUUUCCUCACCCUCGUGCUCGACCGCUGGGGCAGGCGGUGGCUCGCAUGCGGUUCCAUGGUUAUUUCUGGGAUAUUCAGCGUCUGGGCCAGCCUCGUCUCGAACAAUAUAUAUUCGGCCACCCUGGCGAUAAUGGGCCGAUUUUGCGUGAACAUCUCGUACAAUAUCGGGCUUCAGUACGCAGCUGAGCUCCUGCCGACGGUCGUCCGGGCCCAGGGUGUCGCCUUCAUUCACAUUAUGGGCUACGUAGCGAGCAUAAUAGCCCCGUUCAUCGUCUACCUCGGCUUCUUCUCCAACGUCCUGCCGCUUCUGGUGCUUGGCAUCCUCGGUGUCAUCGGUGGUGUGCUCGCGCUCUUUCUGCCGGAGACAUUGGACAAGGAGCUGCCGCAGACCCUACAAGACGGAGAGAACUUUGGCAAGGAUCAGGGCAUCUGGGACAUGCCCUGCUUCACCAAAAAGGCGGACGAUGCGGAAUGCCCGACGUCGAAUUUCCGGAGGAGCUCAACCGUACGUAGCUCGAGGCGAGCUUCGAUUCGCGGCGAGACGCUAAGGAGCAGCAUGAUCCAGAGAUCGAGCAUAAGAUCACGAAGAAGCGUCGUCGCGCCUCCCUUAGAAGAGGAGAGACUUUAGACGCCAUUGCGCUUCCUACCUUUAUAUGUUUGAAAAUACGUUUGUUCGUAC